GAACAACUAUGUAACGUAUGUGAUAUACAUAUAUGGUAUUUUAGUCUCUGUGCAAUAUACAUUUUACCGUAACCGCCGGUUUAGUAUACUACCUAGUGCUUGGGUAUUCAAUAUUUUUUAAUUAUAAAAUAUAAUGCGUGUUAAUGCAUGAAUAAUUGAACGAAAAACGGUACAUCAUGUCGGAAAUAUUGUCGCGAGCACUUUUCAGAUUGGGUUUCGUAGCCAAUAUCGCGUUCAACAAGCUGAUUGGAUUUUUGUCCAGGAAUGUUCCUAGAAAUAAAAUGAAAGUGACCAUAGAACAAGGUACUCUGCAGGGACUUCAAUACAAUACGAAAUUGUCGUACAAACCUUAUGUCAGCUUUCUGGGCAUACCAUACGCUAAACCACCAAUUGACGAUUUACGAUUUAAGCCUCCUGUCAAACACCCAGGAUGGUCUGGUGUCUUGAAUGCUUUUUCGGAAGGGGAAAAAUGUCUGCAGUUCGACAUAUUAACAAAUAGGAUCGUUGGAAGUGAAAACUGUUUGUACCUAAACAUAUUCGUCCCACAGGACGAACUUAAUGAAAAAUUAGCUGUUAUGCUGUUCAUACACGGAGGAGCGUUUAACUUUGGAUCCGCAUCACUAAACCAGUACUGCCCUGAUUAUUUGCUCGACGAAAAUGUGAUCGUAGUCACAAUCAAUUAUCGUUUGAAUGUCCUAGGAUUUCUGAACUUAGACGUUGAUGAAUGUCCAGGCAAUAUGGGCCUUAAAGACCAACUUUUUGCUAUUAAGUGGGUUAAGAACAACAUAUCCGCGUUCGGAGGCGAUACCGACAAUAUAACUAUUUUUGGCGAAAGCGCGGGAUCAGCGUCUGUACACUGCCAUUUGUUAUCUCCACAAUCAUUGGGAUUAUUUCAAAAAGCAAUUAUGCAGAGUGGAUGUAUUUUUAACUCGUGGUCUUUUAAUGAAAAUCACAGAGAAACUGCAUUUAAAUUUGCAAAAAAUGUGGGUUGUUUAAAAGAUGACCCUAAAGAAAUAUUACAAUAUUUAUUAAAAAUGCCAGCCAUUGAUUUAAUCAAGGGUACUAAGUUUGGGGAUGAUGACAAUUUUCCAGAUUUCCAAUUUGUUCCGUCUGUUGAAAGUAACGAAGUUACCGAAAAGUUUUUAUCAGCUCAUCCUCAGACUUUAGUUGAAAAAGCUGCUCGAGUACCAAUAAUUACAGGAGUGAAUCAAAUGGAAGGAUUAGUUCUUUUUGUAGAACAUAAUAUGAAAAGAUUUGUAGAUUUUCACAAAUCCAACGAAAUCAACAAAUUAUUCAAAAAUCAAUACAGUGAAGAAAUUAUUAAUAAAAUUAGGAAAUUUUACUUCGACGAAGUUAAUAUGGAGUGUGAAAUAACUAGAUUGGAAAACAUAUGUCACUUGUACAGCGACGCAUAUUUUAUUAGAGACUUCCAUGGCAGUUAUGAAUAUCUUCUGAAAGACGGCAGUACACCGGUAUACAAUUAUGAAUUUAAGUUUGACGGGGAGAUUAAUCUUUGCAAGCAUCUUAUCUUCAAUUCAAGACCAUCACUGCGAAAGUCAUUAAAAGGUGCGUGUCAUGCAGACGAAUUAAAUUAUUUGUUUUACGGACAAUUAUUCGGAUAUGCGCCAAAAACCAACUCUCCAGAAUCUAGAAUGUGUAAGACGAUGAGCAAGUUGUGGGCCAAUUUCGCUAAAACUGGGAAUCCAAAUUCGCCGGAUUCAAGUGUCACGUGGAAUAGUACGAGCGCGGAUGAUCCAAAAUAUUUGUCACUUGACGGCGAUAACACGUGUAUGGUUAACGAAUUGUUAUAUAGUUCCAGAGUUAAAUUUUGGGAUGAGAUAUCGGAGAUGGUUCGAUCUGAAUGAAAAACUGCCAUUCCUCAAAAUUGUAGCUAAGAUGUACAAAAUACAAUGUGUAUAGUGUUUUAUAAAAGAGUAAAAUAUUUAUUUUAUUUUGUUGAGGCUUACUGAAAUUGGGGAUACAAAUGUAAUAGAGCCAUAAUAUAUUUACAAUAAAAUCUUCAAAUACUGCUAAUAUAGCGUAAUUCGUAAUAAUGGUGUUUAAUUCAAUAGCAGCAAGGCCGUAUCUAAAAAAGGCCGUGUAUCUAAAAAAAUUUUU